GGAGGAGAAGGAGGAGGUUUUCAGUUUAACAGACUUUGGCGUUGUCGAGUCCCACAAAAGAACAGACAAGCAACCGGUGGAGAGCGAAAAGAGCGGAACUGUAACAUUUCAACGUUCUAACAAUGGAACGCUGCGACAUUGUAACCUUCGUUUUGUUUGAGGAUCCCGCUUAAAACACACGCAGACAGCCGGAGGAGUUUUCAAACAGCGAAUGUGGAUUGUGUUUGAAGCAGCUGAGUGUGCGUUUUUUUGGAUACGGUUGUACUGAACGGAAACGGGGGGGAACCGUCUGAAUAAUAACGACAAUAUGCGGCGCCGUUUACAUUCCGCAACCAGAAGUUUAGGGAAGGCGAAAUGGGAAAGUUAGUUUCAAAACGCGAAUGUCACUAACAGAACCAAUGCGGUUCUUCGAACCUCGUUUGAUUUGGACACGUCAUGUAAUAAUGAUCAUCUCUUAUGUUAUGGAUUCAUAACGCUAUUCGUUACAUUCUGUAACCGCGACACUGCAAAUGGCAUAAGAAGAUGAUUGAAUUUCACAGAGGUCAUUUCACAAAGGCGCAUUUGGGAGUUCUUUAUAUCACAUUUGCUUGGACUUGUAUGUGGUUCUGGUUAAACUGAUCGUUGAUGGCUGUUUCUGUUCGGGUUUACUCUCCACCGGCUGAUCAGGGGGGAUCGAUCCGCCUGAUUCACGCUUUCCAGCAUCUACAGGAGGAGGACGACCUCGGGACGCGAGAGAGGCUGCUGGUUUUGGACCUGGACUGUUUCGAAGAUUCAGCUUUCAUAUCUGGACCUGGAUCAUAAAGCCCGUUCCCUGGAAAUCGUCCGCGUCUUGUGUCCUAUAUGCCUGCGUGAGGGUUUUGCAGGCAGGGAUGCAGCUGAAUCGACCCAAGAGCGCGCAUCUCAUCAGCUCCAGUCCGCACAAUUCAUCCUCUUAUUCCAGCCAGUUCAAAAGCAUGCGCUUCUCAUACCACAUCAGCAGCGGUUUACCCAGUCCACAGCCUGCCCUGCGCAGAUCAGGCCCAUCCACCACCAGUCCACGGCUGCUAACUAAGAGUCUGUCCCUUGAGCCAGGCCCCUGCCUCGGAGCCCACGAGACCGCACAGCGCCUCUGCUCUGACCCUGGACCCCUGGAAACACAGCACUGCAAUGGCACAGGUGAGGAUGGACCUCAGGACGUCCCGCCUCCACCCCCAAAAACACGCCCACCUUUACCUGGGCCAAAGCCUCAAGUGCCCCCGAAACCUCCUCAUCUACAGCAGCAGAGCGCUCGAAGGCCACGCCCCCCGGAUAAACCCCUCCCACCUCCACCCUCCCGCCCACUCCCCGCCGAUCCCCGCCAAUCACACGCCACCUUACCGAGAGCAGAGGGAAGCUCCUCCCCCACUUGUGUCCUCUCGCUCAUCGAGAAGUUUGAGAGGGAGCAGAUCAUCGUGGUGCCAGAUAUCACCGGGGGAGUGAUGUGUACCCCACGGGUCCCUGAACAGCAGGCCGCUUCUGGGACAUUUAGCCCUCCACCCUCGGAGUUCAUCCUGCCCUGCACGUCCCUUCAGGAACCACUAGAGGUGCCGCUGGCCGAGGAGGAGGUGGAGAAAGAAGAAAAGGAGGAGGAAGAAGAGGUGGACGAAACCGAGGAGGAUGACAGUGAACUCGGGGCUUCCUGCUCAGAAAAGCGUCUCUCUAUGGAAUCAGGCUAUGGUGCCUCUGAUAAACUGCUGGACACUAUGGAAAUCAGGGACCUUACAGCCAACCAAUCAGAGAUCCCCUCGGACCGCUUGUCCCUCCCUCCGUCACAGAUGGAUGGGAAGCUGGCCAAUAGAGACAGUGGUAUUGACAGCAUCAGCUCGCCCUCACACAGCGAGGAGCUCUGCUUUGUCGGGGACGAGAGAGAGAUUUAUCCCUGCAGCCCAGGGCCCGGGCUUCCUUGUGUCUAUGCCGAGGGGCCCGAGGGAGAGGGGGCCAGUGGUGUGGAGGGCGGCAGAGACUCAGAGGGAGACAGUGAUAUGGAGGAGGGCAGCGGGGAUGAGAGUGAGAUGAACCCCAUGGCCCUACAACCUCUGCCUAAAGCUGAACGACAAGACUCCACUGAGCUGUCAGUCCAGCAGCGGGUGUUUAACAUUGCUAAUGAGCUGCUGCAUACGGAGAAAGCGUACGUGUCCAGACUGCACCUCCUGGACCAGGUGUUCUGCGCCCAGCUGAUGGAGGAGGCCCGAGCUCGCAGCUCCUUCCCCUGUGAGAUGGUCAUGGGCAUCUUCUCCAACAUCUGCUCCAUCUACUGCUUCCACCAGCAGUUCCUGCUGCCCGCGCUGGAGAAACGCAUGGAGGAAUGGGAUCUGAACCCCCGCAUCGGGGACAUCCUGCAGAAACUGGCACCUUUCCUGAAGAUGUACGGCGAGUAUGUGAAAAAUUUUGACCGGGCCAUGGAGCUGGUGAACACCUGGAUGCAGCGCUCCUCUCAGUUCAAAGCCAUCAUUCACAACAUCCAGAAAGAGGAGAUGUGUGGGAAUCUUACCCUACAGCACCACAUGUUGGAGCCUGUGCAGAGGAUCCCUCGCUACGAGCUCCUGCUCAAAGACUAUCUGCACCGUCUGCCAGAGGAUGCGGACGACUUCAAAGACGCUCAGAAAUCUCUGGAGCUGAUCGCCACAGCGGCAGAACAUUCAAACGCUGCCAUCAGGAAAAUGGAGCGCAUGAGAAAGCUGCUGAAAGUGUAUGAGUUGCUCGGUGGAGAAGAGGACAUUGUUAACCCGACUAAUGAGCUCAUCAAAGAGGGACACAUCCUGAAACUGUCAGCUAAAAACGGGACAUCACAGGAUAGAUACCUCAUUCUGUUCAAUGACAGGUUGUUGUACUGCGUCCCCAAACUGAGGCUGAUAGGACAGAAGUUUGGAGUGCGUGCGCGGAUUGACGUAGACGGCAUGGAGCUGAAGGAGACCAGCAGCAUGAACGUACCGCGAACAUUUCUGGUUUCGGGAAAACAGCGUUCACUGGAACUGCAAGCAAGGACGGAAGAGGAGAAGAGAGAUUGGAUUCAGGCGAUCCAGGCCACUAUACAGAGACAUGAACAGACGCUGGAGACCUUCCGGAUGCUCAACUGCUCGUUUCGGGAAGAGGACUUCACUCCUCCAAACUCUCCGAACUGCACAGAGCUUGGAAAGCGAGCACCUACUCCAAUCCGGGAGAAAGAGGUCACGCUGUGCAUGAAGUGUCAGGAGCCUUUCAACUCUAUUACCAAAAGACGGCAUCACUGCAAAGCCUGUGGACACGUGGUGUGUGGAAAGUGUUCGGAGUUCCGUGCCCGUCUGUUGUACGAUAACAACCGAGCCAACCGCGUGUGUAUAGACUGCUACACCACGCUAGUGGGAGUGCCGCCCUCUCCGGCCAGUCUGAGCAACAGCGCACAGAGACGCCGCUCCAUUCUAGAGAAACAGGCCUCAGUGGCAGCUGAGAACAGUGUGUUGUGUAGUUUCCUGCAUCAUAUGGAGAAGGGGAGUGGACGUGGAUGGCAGAAGGCCUGGUUUGUCAUCCCUGACAGUGAACCACUGGUGCUGUACAUCUAUGGUGCUCCGCAGGAUGUCAAAGCCCAGCGCAGUAUUCCCCUCAUCGGGUUCGAGGUGUCUCUACCUGAAUCAAGUGACCGUCUAGAACGUCGCAACGCUUUCAAAAUGAGCCAGAGUCAUUUGACCGUUUACUUCAGUGCCGACUGUGAGGAACUGCAGCGACGUUGGAUGGAGGUUUUAUCGAGAGCCGGCAGGGGUGAGGAGCUGCAGUCAAACGGUCCGAUAUCCGAGGCCCUCGAGGAAGAAGGGGAGGAGCCAGUAACUACGGGAGAAAGCACUUGAUUGGCUGAAAAUAUGAUAUCAUUUUGCACACACAAACUGUACAAAUGUGACCAAGGUGACAGGAUAUAAUAGACAAAAACACACACACCUAUACCUUCUCACUUACACACAU